ACCGAGGUCACGUUCCCCGGGCGAGGGCUCGCGCCCUAACCGGGCGCUGGUUGGUCGCGCCGCGGGGCCAGCAGCCCGGUGAUUGGUCCGAGAGACUGGUUCACGUGGUCCGGGGCAGAUAACCGGCCUCUCCCGCACGGCACCAGCAAUCGGCUGGAGCUCCAGCCGAACCAGGCCGGCGGGAAUCCCGGUGCGAACUCGCGCAAACAACCGAGAGCCGGCUCUCAACGGUCCGCCGCCGCCUCUCUGCCUAAUGAGCUGCACCAGAAUGAUCCAGGUUUUAGAUCCGAGGCCUUUGACAAGUUCAGUCAUGCCAGUGGAUGUGGCCAUGAGGCUCUGCUUGGCUCAUUCGCCACCUCUGAAGAGUUUCCUGGGCCCUUAUGAUGACCUCCAACGAAGAAAUUUUGUGAACAAAUUAAAGCCUCUGAAACCGUGUCUCAAUAUAAAACAGGAAGCCAAAUCACCGAAUGAGUGGAAGCAUUCACACGACCAAGCCAAGAAGCGGGUUGUGUUUGCUGACUCCAAGGGGCUGUCUCUCACCGCCAUCCACGUCUUCUCGGACCUCCCAGAAGAACCAGUGUGGGAUCUCCAGUUUGACCUCUUGGACCUUAAUGAUAUCUCCUCUGGCUUAAAACUCCAUGAGGAGAAAAACUUGAUUUUAGAUUUUCCCCAGCCUUCAACUGAUUACUUAAGUUUUCGGAACCACUUUCAGAAGAAUUUUGUCUGUCUGGAGAACUGCUCUUUGCAAGAGCGAACAUUGACUGGAACUGUGAAAGUGAAAAACAUGAGCUUUGAGAAGAAGGUUCAGAUUCGUAUUACUUUUGAUACCUGGAAAAGCUACACUGAUGUGGACUGUGUCUAUAUGAAAAAUGUGUAUGGUGGCUCAGAUAGUGACACCUUCUCAUUUGCCAUUGACUUACCCUCUGUCAUUCCAACAGAGGAGAAAAUUGAGUUUUGCAUUUCUUACCAUGCUAAUGGGCAGGUCUUCUGGGACAACAACGAGGGUCAGAAUUACAGAAUUGUCCAUGUGCAAUGGAAACCUGAUGGAGUGCAGACACAGACAGCAUCUCAGGACUGUGCAUUCCACCAGGUGCCCCCCAAGACUGAGUCAGAGUCAUCCAUCUUUGGCAGUCCAAGGCUGGCCAGUGGGCUUUUCCCAGAAUGGCAGAGUUGGGGGAGAAUGGAGAACUUGGCCUCUUACCGAUGAUUAAGUAACCUAGGGACUGGUUUUGAUCUGCCAUAUUUCCAAUGUAAUUCUAGGUCUGUAUUGCUCAAUAUUAGGAAGUUUUUGCUACUUUCCUUCAUUAAGUGUAGUUUUGAGCUUUUGAGACCUGGCUACAAAAAGAUAGCCACUUGAGAAUUUAUUGUUGAGGUCUAUACGAUGAUACUGCCCAAUUUUGCUUUGGAGGAUCAAGUAACAGCCUGUAACCCUCUUUUUGUAAAAAA